AUGGCAGAGCAGCAUAGCCACAAUGUGGUAAACAACGAUCAGUCGACGAGCGGUUCGCCGCUGGUCGACGCCGCCGUGAACCCAACCACCACCGAUUCCGCCGCCAGCGGCACCCAAACACGACAGCCACCCAUCACGAAUACCUCCGAGGCAUCUCACCCCGUAGAGAAGCUUAUCGAGUCAAUCACCAGCGCCCGCGACCCGUCCGAGAAGCACAUGUCUGGAUCUGACGCGGCUACAGGAGCAGCAGAGCCAAGUGCUGGUGAUGCUGCGAAUGCAUCUGCUCAGCAUUCAGCCCCGGUCAUCGAGGAACGCGACGGAGCCACUCACAACGAGCAAGUCAAUGGCGUGCGCGAUGAUGCCAGUCAAGGAGACGGUCCGGCGGAUGAGGUUAGGAGUAACGCGGACGUUUCAGUCGACAUCAGCGUGAACUCAGAUACAGAUGGCAGCAAAGCGGGCUUGGCCCAGGACGGCAAGCAUCAUGCGCGCAGCAACUCUGUCAAGAAGCCGACCACCUUUAGCAAAGUGACUGCGACUAAGAGCUUCAUGAACAAGAUUGCGCCAGCAGCCCCAGCUACUGCGAAGAUCGGCGAGAAGCCUAGCGCAGCUGCGGCACCCACAUCUCUUGCCAACAAGCCUCGAUUGAUCGCGAAGACCGGAGCUUCUUUGGCCAACCUGCAGAAGUCGCGUGUUGGUGCGGAACCCGCAGCUGGUCCAGAUGCCAGUAAGGUCUGGAACAAGAAUCGGCCACAGCCACAGGCGCCACCCAGGCAGUUCACUGAUGAGGAGCUGAAACAGCAGUACGGCAUUCACCUUGCGACUCGCUUACAGACCGAUGGUGACGGCAAGGAGCCAAAGUGGGCUGAUAUCGACGAUGACGAGGACGAUUGGGCACCGGAGGCAGUGGUAUGGAUGGAUGGCACGAAAUCCACAAUCGCACCAGAGCCCACACCGCCACCGACGAAAGAACAAAAGCCGGCAGCCGCGCAAUUGCCAAAACCUGCGGACGGAGUACGACCUCGACUUGCCUUGAAAUCAGAACGAGCUGGGGCCGAGCAACAGAUGAGGAUCUUGAAGCCCGGUGUUGGUACGGCGCAAGCCAAAGCGAGCACUCCAGGAGCACCAUCUCCCAGCCCAGACAAGGACAGGCUAUCUUUGAAAGCAACGGCACCAACACCAGCCAAAUCUCCUUGGGCAGCAAUUCCCAAGCCUGAGGCCGUGGCUCCCAUCAACCCUCCUACCCAACAGCAAGCUAUGCCACCUCCACCAAUGGCUUCUCAGGAUGCGCGAGCGUACGGCAACGGUCCACCUCCACCUGUCCGCGAGAUCGCUGCAGACACGUUCGACCGAUCUUGGCGAGAGGGAGAAGGCGGUCACAGAGAGCUGUUCAAUUCGACCAACGGUCGCUACGAACAAGCUCCGGAGGGCCGGCGAUACAGCAGACCGCAGGCGGGCUUCCAGAAGCCUGCUCUUUUGCAACGCGGUGGACCGACUGCACAGUCACCCGCGGAACCAUCUGCUGCAUUCCAAUCACGAACCUCGUCGCAAGCAGAUGGUAGCUGGGGCAGACGCCGGGGCUCUAGUGUAAGCCAAGGCAGCAUGCCUCCUCCGCGGCGGAUGUCGGUCAACCAACGACCAGAGCUUGCUGGCACUCCUGAGACCAUUCCCGAUGUUGGCUCUCCGAAGACAGGUCGUGGUGAAUAUGCUCGGCCGUCUUUCUCGCAGCAGUCUGCUUGGGACCAACAGCUGCCACCUCCACCUGAGGCCGGAACUCAGGCAGCACAAUCAGCGAUCCCGCAGGAAGAUGCCGUUGAGGUCCAGAAGCGACUUAUGGCAGAGAAGCGAGAGGAGGCCAUUAAGAGGCGCAAGGAAGAGGAGCAGGCCGAAGAAGCUGCUAAGCAAGAGCGUCUACGAGCGAAACUGGCUGCGCUCGAGGGUGUGGGCAAGUCGAAGAAAGAGCGCGAGGCGGAAGCUGCAGCAGCUGCCGCCAAGGCUAAAGAGACGCCCACCACCGAAAAGUCUGCAGAGCCCGCAACUGCGACCAGCGCCAGCGCGCGACCCGAAUCUGCUGAACCCGCAAUGGCCUCUGCGAAGGCCGCCUCACCACUCGAAACACAAUCACUUCCACCACCACCCGAAAUGGCGCAGAAGGAAACACUUGCCGACCACCUCCCUUCACCGUUGCCCACGAAGCCAUUGCCUACUGGUCAGUCUGAUAGACCUGUGGCCGCGGACUCACAACAACGACAAACAUCCCGAAGCCAUCUCUCACCCAGAGCCAACGCGCGCGCUCCCUACCAGCAAGCACAACCGCAAUACAAGGCACCGUCUUCGUACUCAUCACCUGGCGAUCGCAAGCAACAGCCGUUUGGUCGAUCACCAAACCUUGCCGACGGCCAAUUCACGCCAUGGCCAAGUACCACACCCAGCACUAAUGUUUGGGGCUCAUCAGGCAUUGGCAAUGGCACAUUUGACAGCAACAGCAGUUUUGCCCCUAUGCCCUUGGCGCAGCAGACUGGACUGCCUCCUCCACCUGGCAUGGGCCGCCCACCAACCUCGACUCGCAUCUCGCCCCAAGCCGGCUUCAGUCAAGAGUCGUGUUCUCCCAACUUGCAACAGCAAUCAUUAGCGGAACAGCAACGAGCCUUCGGACCUCCUGGCAUGGACUCGAGGCCAGAUCCCUUCGCCCAGCAAGCACGACUCAAUGGCAUGUCACCCGCGCCUGGAGUCGGUCGACCUGUGCAUCCGCCAGGACCUAUCGGACCUCCGUCCAGGACACAACAGCAGCAAGCCCCGCCACAGCAACGUGGUGACGCUAUCGCUGCGUGGAAGAAUGCAGCCAAUAACCUGCCCGGAGCGUACUCUGCAGAAGCUGCGGCAGCCGAAGAGCGUCGAAAGCGCGAAAUGAACGCACCCGUGAAGCCAUCCGAGAACCGAUACAAGGAGACUUUCAAGCAGACAGCGGUAGAUCAAGGCGCUCUGGGCGCACCACGUCGCUAUGCGAAGACGGAGUAUACUAUACACGACGCUCAGGGCUCGCGAACAGUCUCAUCGCAUAGCCCAGCGCCGCCGUCGACGCAGACCCAGCCACAAGCUCCGGUAACCAUGUCUACGCCAAAGCAAGACACAUGGAAGCAGCCGACCGAGAAUCAGGUCCGCAUUCCUGAUGGUUCACAGAACCCAGCUCAUGGUGGCAUGUUGCCUCCACAGCCGCCGAUUGCGCCGCUUGCGCCAGUCAUUGAUUCGAAGGAACAGUCGCCGCCUCCACCGGACACAGAAAACCAUCCCGUCAACGAGGGUGACGCUCAUCGUCCACACGUGAAGCUCCCGCCCCCACCUGCUAGAGUCAAGCUGCCGCCAACGUCGCCUUCUGGUCCUUUGCCACCACUCGCGACAGGCAGCUCGGUCCUGAUGCCAAUGCGCCCAGCAACCAACCCUUAUGGCCCGCCGGGCGCCCGCCCCAUUGCAAUGACACCGGACUGGCAGAGGCGCUUCAACGGACUGCUCGGUCGCGCUGUCAUUGAGACUGAGACCCCUCCAUCGCCACCAAAGACACCACCCAAAGCACAUGGAGCGAGCCUGGCAGUAGCGGUCUCCAGCCGAGCACAAUGGGACGAGAAGAUUGCGGCUGCAGCUACCGUAUCUUUACCGCAAGCGCAGAAGCCCAAGACUCAGGAAGGAUUCGUCAUCGACAACAGCAAAGAGGCCGUGACCAGGCCACUUACCGACGAGAUCUUCAAUGAAGAGCGUGGCUUCGGCUCAAUGCCACCUGUUCGCAUUCCUCGUAACACUGCGUACAACACGGCGCCGAUACCUGCGCGCAAUCGCGAAUUCGCGAACUCGAGAAUUCAGAAGCCCAUGGAGACGCAAUCUGGAGCUGACAUGUUCUUCUGGAAGCACCCACAAGGUUACUUCGUCACCAUCCCUCGCACUCGAUUCCACAACAAGCUCAUCAUUCAGCCUGGUAUGGAGGACUAUGUCAAGCCCGAGAAGAAGGACAGUCGCAAAGCCAACCACCUGAAGGAUCGUCCAGAGGCACAGGAUUGUACGCCAUCUGGCAGGUGGAACCGAAACAAGCCGGGCAAGGAGAUCAGCACCCCUGCUUCUCCAGCUCCUGCCACCCCAGGAAGCGAGCCAGCGAAGGAAAAGGCUACCCCGAAGCCUGUGCGCCAGCAACCAUCGCGCCAGCCCUCGAAUGCUCCUGCCAACGAUGGGCCUGCUGAUGCUAGCAAGAACUUCUUCGCAAUGCUUACAGAUGAGGCCGACAAGAAGCCCGGCCGAGGACGCGGUGGACGUGGACGUGGCCGAGGAGCACGUGGUAGCAGGGGAAACGACCGAGAACACGCAGCCGCUGUGACUGCGACACCGGUCAAGACCCAAGGCUAA